AUGCUCCGUCGCAAGCUCUCCGCAGGCGCCCUGCGCGCCACCUCCUCCCCCAUCUCCUCCUUGACCUCCUCGGUCCCCGGUCAAUCUAUGGCCAAUGCCGCGCGACACGGGCAGCAGGGACAGCAGAUCCAGUCUGCGAACCUCGCGAGUGCUGUGCUGCUCAAUAGCCAGCGGAGGUGGAGGGAGGAGACGGUGGUCACGCUCAAGUCGGAGUUGAAGCGAAGGGGGUUGAGUCAGACUGGGAAUAAGACCGCCCUCGUCACCCGGCUAGAAUCCGCCGACACAUCCUCCUUCCUCCCCCCCGUCCCCGCCCUUCCCGCGCACCCCCAAAAGCGCACCCUCUCCACCGCCUCCCCCGCCCGCCAGGCCAAAUCCUCCCCGCCCGCUCCCGCAGCGCCCACCAAGCCCGAGGGCGCCGCGCAGGACCCCAUUCAGUCCGAAGCCGUCACGUCCACCGGACCCGCCGUCAUCUCGCAAAAGAUGGAAGCGGCCAAGACGGAGGCGAUUGAGCCUGAUGUGGUGGACUCGGUUCCGGGUCUGCCGGAGCUGACGGAGAUUGCGCAGGAGCAGCAGGCGAAGGGAAGCGCGGGCGAUGGGAUGAGUAUGAGCAUGCCGAGUUUUGAGGAAACGCCGGAGGUGGAGCAGGUCAUUCCUCUCGAGCCUGACAACUUCCGCUCCAACCGCGAACUGCCCGAAGCCGACGCGCCCCCAACUUCCUCGGACGUACCAUCCGGCCCUAAAGUCGUCACUGUCGCCGACCAGACCUCCACCCCGUCCGGAGGCCCCUCUCACGCGGCUUACGACGACCUCCCUACCCCUCCUUCCGCCGAAGAAGCCGCUGCCGCCGCCUCUGAGGCCGCCGACAAACUCAUCGCUGCCCUCCCCUCGCUCGGCUCCGUCCUCACUACCAUCGCCCACUCGCCUAUUCGGGCUGUCACCGGCGUGGCGUCGGUGCUUCCGCCGAUCGGGAUGCCCAAGGGCGAGCUGAAGGCCGAGAACAAGGAGUACAAGGCCAACAGCGAGCCGCUGGAUAAGGAGGAGAAGAGGGGGAUGUAUAUCUUUGGAGGGAUCGUCGCGCUGGGGUUGGCGCUUGGGGGGGAUUGGUCAGGUAAGGGCAAAGGGAAGAAGGGGGAUCAUGGGAAGGACGGGAAGGGGUUGAAGGGGAAGGUCGGGGAGUUGGUUGAGGGUGCAAAGGGGGUCAAGGGGGAUAAAGAGUGGGAGAAGGCGAGUGGGGCGGGUGUGGUGGGGCACGGUGCGAGGAAGGCUUAG